AUGAAAAAAUUCGAAUCAGCAAACCUUUAUUCACUUUUAGCACCUGAUGAUACUGACGACGCACAAAGCGAGGAGUCAGAGUCCUCUAAAGUAACUGAUAAAGUUACUGAUGCAAAUGGCCAUUCUAGAUGUACAAAAAGAAAGCCAGAUGAUGAAAGCGGUGAACAUCCAAAACAAAAAAAGAAACAAAAAAGCAAAUCGACCAAUCAACCUGUUCCACCAGCUUCGAAUGCCACCAAUACACCAACUACAUCUACUACACGACCUUCCCAAGAUGACUAUUUCGAGAAGAAAAUUGAAGAAAAUAGAUUAAAGCAUUCACUAGGCCAAACACCUCUAAACCUUGGUGAUUCUUUCAAUCCUUUUAUUAAACUUAAAAAUCCAUUAUCAUCUAUAGUAAAAUGUUGUUAUCGGGUUUAUGAAUCUAUUAUCAAAGGAUCGGAUAAAAAUCUUUACGAAUGUCAAGGUUGUACAUUAUUUGAUCAAUGUGAUAUCAAUAUUAUCCGCUACCAUGAAAAACCAUUAAUCCCGAUACAUAGCAAAGAAAAUAAACCAAAGAAUAGGAAUUCUAAACCAAAUUUCAAACAAAUUGAAAAUUUUGGGGAGCCAUUAGAUCCAUCGGACCUUCUUAAGAGUUAUAAUGGUCCCAGUGGUAUUAAUAAUAAUCUUAAGCCCCGCAAAAAUAAUGGUAAGUUGUAA